AGCAGCUCCAUCAACGUACACUCGAUGAUUGUUUCAUUCAUGCAUUUGAAUUUGGCAGGCUAUAUAUAACAGCAUGCCGAGCUUCCUGUUGGCAAAGCCUACUCUAGUCCUAUCGUUAAUCUGCCAUGACUCUCCUUCCUGAGCCGGCGGUGGCCCCCAGACGGUCUUUACGACUUUCCCUCGUUCCACGUCUUUGCGGAACCGUGGGCCUCUUCAUUUUGAUUUCUUCUUGGGCUGGUAUCUUCUAUCAUAACGCGCUUUUCUGCUCGAAGAAUGGUAGGGGCACGCUGAAAACUGCGAAGUUGCAGCUUCUCGGCCAUCAUCACCGUACCCAUCAUCAUACUGGGUGUUCUACCCACAACGAAUCACAGCUUAAGUUUGAAAGUCAGACUGUUUCUUCCCCCGGGGAUUCCUCUUCGUUGCCAGAUUCCGAGCACUUGGGCUUGGAAGAAUUAAGGGAGCUUGUCUCGACGACGGAAGGCUUCUUAGCGAGAGACUAUAGCCUAAACCUAGGAUGGAACAAUAUACGUUAUAUUAUAGAGGCAGCCCUGCUUCAAGCCAAACUUCUCCACCGUACACUUAUUCUGCCUUCAUUCAUCUACGCGCGAGGCUGUGAAUACGGCAUCAAAACUUGUGGCGACUACUUUGCUAUGGUCAACAGAGGGGAUGCGUUAGGAAGCAACGAGUGGCGUGAGCUCCCCGUCGAGGAGCAAAUGGGCUGGGUGAUCCCAAUAAACCUCAUGAUGAAUAUCACUCACCUCCGCGAGACGCACCCCGUCAUCACCGUGUCCGAUUACCUCCGGCUACAUGGUGUCGACCCGACGGCUGAAGCUUCCAACGGACAGUGGCAGCGAGAUCGAUAUCAUGCCAGCGACGUCAAGAAUGUUUUUACAGGGAAGACGCCGGAGUUGUAUAUUAUCCAAAAUGAGUGGUAUGACGAAGGUGAAAUAGUGAGGGUCGACAAAAUAUCGGACGAAAUCAAGGCCCGGAUGCGGGAGGAUGAAGCUCAUGGAGCGCUUCAUGCGUUGGCGGGUGAUUUACCUCAGAAUGUCGCCCUAGACUGGAACCGAACCCAAGAAAUUCUGAAUAUUUGGGAUGAUCACGAGCUGGAGAAGAUCAUGGUUGAACAUGGUUGGGAAGUCCUCCAUACAUUCAGGCCUGUAAAGGGAAUGGAGUUGAGCAAAGCUGUUACAGAACCAAUGAAGCAAUUCGCACGCCGUUCUGCUAUCCGUGGAUUCCAGGAUGAUUUUUCUGGGCGGAAGGAAGAAGUAUUACUGCUUUCUGGCCCAUUGCACAUUCGCCGGAAGCCAGGCGGCAUGCGCUUUACAACUCGCUUUGCAUUGAACGACUACCUUCAUCUUGUCCUCCAUGAUAUCCGACAGAUCGAUGCAAUAAUCUCGCUUGCUGAUCUUAUGGUCCAACGCCUGUACGAUCUAGUUGGAGGGCGAUUAUGGAUGGCAGCGCAUAUGCGCCGCGGUGACUGUAAGACCUCUUCAUCUUUGCAGCAUUUAUUACGUGACAUUCCCAUUCUUGUAGUUGUCAGGUAUAAUUUUGUCAUGGAGAGUAGUCCAGAAAAACAUAUAGUCCGAGUAAAGCAACAUCUGAAGGACGGAAGACGGCUGAUAGAGUCAAUACAUGAACGGGAAGAAGCUUUGCGGUCGUAUGACAUUCCAGAUAUACCGGGUUCAGACUAUGAGAUAUACAGUCGGGAACCACCUCUGGCAGACGACCGGUUCUAUGUAGCGACAGAUGAGCGCAAUGACACUGUUCUACAAGAGUUUCGAAGCCAGGGAGCCAUUCUCAUGGACGACCUUCUUACCAUUUCAGAUAGACGGAUGAACGGUCCAGAGAUAUCAUGGGCAUUGAUGAUUACGGACUUUCGUGGGCUGGUAGAACAAGUCGUCUUGUCACGCGCGGCGUAUUUUUAUGGCCAUACGAUGAGCUCGGUAGUUGGCGGUGUCAUGAACCUACGUGGUAAACGUGGCGUCGAUCCACGCACAACAGAUGUAGAUUAGAAUUUGAACAUUUUAAUAUCGCGCUAGCGUUCUUGUACCUACUGACACCGAGAAUAUAUUG